AUGUCUGUUAUAGACUCUAAAAUCACUGAGGAGAAAGUACCCUUAAAUCAUGGCAUUGAGAAGGAGAAAACUAUAAGACAUAUUGGUUACUUCUAUUUAUCAUACUCUAUGAAAAAAAAUUGGGCUGGAAUCUGUUUGCUUCUGGUGGAGCUGUGUGAGAGGUUCACUUUCUUUGAAGUCAUCUGCAAUAUGAUUCCCUUUUGCACUGUCAAGCCUGGCUAUUGCAAUUACCAAGCAGCCAUUCUGAACUUGUGUUUUAUUGGAACUUCAAGACUCACCCCUGUGUUUGCAGGAUGGUUUGCUGAUGUCUGUCUAGGAAGAAACAAACUGGUAUAUAUUUGCUUAUUUCUACACUUCCUGGGCACUGCUUUGUUAUCUAUGGCUGCUUUUCCCUUGGAAGAUUUCUAUAUAGGUACUCACUACGUGAUCAACAGGGGGCGGAACAGGCUGUUGUACACAGCACUGUUGGCUAUCUGUCUUGGCACGGGAGGACUAAGAGCCAUCGUUUGCCCAUUGGGUGCUUACAGCCUUCAGAAGAUUGGAUCACAGAAUCAAACAUCUUUUGUUAACUGGUUUGAUUGGAUCAUGAACUUAAAUGCAGCUGUUGUCUUUCUGGGAACAGCAUACAUUCAGCACUUGGUAACUUGGGCCCUGGUUUUACUUCCUUUUAUGUCUACACUUACGACUUUGAUAACUCUUCAUAUGAUGCAUUAGAACCUGAUUUAUCAGCCUGAAAAAUAUUGCACAGUUGCUGAUACAGAAGGGGGUAGUGAAGGUUUCAAACAAGGAGUGAUCCUCUGGGUGUCUGAGCAAGGCUGCUCUUCCAGGAUGGUGAUUCCUUCAGGAUACUAUCUGCAGAUCAUGAAUUCCAUCCUGAAUUUGGGUGGGUUUCUUCUGCCCAUUGCAGUAAUGAAUGUCAUCCGCAUCCGGCCACUGUUAAUUCUGGCUCCUUGCAUGGAAUAUUUCAGCACUUGCCUAUUUCGCUCUAAGAGAGAUGGACCAUUUCUCCAGUCAUGCAUACUUGCUGGAAAUCUUUCUGCUGCAUUGUCUGUGAUGGUAGCUGGCUUCUUUGAAAUAUACAGGGAACACUUUCCUCCAGUGAAACAGCCUCUUUCAGGCAAAGUUCUCCUCAUUUCCUUCAAGCCCUGUUUCCACCUGGUUCUUCAGUACAUUUUACUUGGAGUGGCUGAAACACUGGUCAAUUCAGCCUUCUCUGUAAUAUCAUACAGAUUUGUUCCAAGUACCAUGAGAGGAAACUUUAUGAGUCUUUUGACGUUCAAUGGAUUUGGCUGUUUCACUGGGGCACUGCUGGUGGAGUUGGUAUAUCUCAUCUCUGAAGGCAAUUGGUUUCCAAACACAUUAAACAGAGGCAAUUUAGAAAGCUUCUUCUUCUUCUUCUUGGCAUCAUUAACACUGUUGAACGUCCUGGGAUUCUGGAGUAUUUCACAAAGAUAUUGUAAUCUAAAUCAUUUUAAUGCCCAGAACAUCAGUGGAAGUAAUCUUGAAGAAACACUUCUCCUCCAUGAGAAGUCUCUGAAAUUUUAUGGCAGUACGCAGGAAUUUUCUUCAAGUAUUGAUUUUGGGAAGACAGCCCUAUGA